AUGAAUGAAACAUUUAAUGAGCUGUUUCCGUAUUUGAAUCAGUCUAGCCAUAGUUUGUUGGCAAAUGAUAACCCACUGGCUAGGUUUCCUAAUGUAUUAUACAGACUUUCGCUGUCAUUUCAUGAUGCUAUAAAUUCCCAGUACAUGGAAGUAUGGAGUGGACAGGAGAUAUCUAGCACAUUACAGUCAUUCAAUGAUAUAAUAGGAUUUUUCUUCAGCGAGUACAGCGUUCUAUGCUUUACAAUAGCAGUACUGCUGAACAGACUUAUUACAACAAUUUCCAGGAGAAAUAGAGUAAACAGAGCGAACCUCAGGCCGGAGAUCAACACACUAAGUCAUGUGUCUUGUAUCCUCCUAUUAACAUGGGUGAUGUAUGAGCUUAUCGAAGGCCUAAUCAAAGUCAAAAUAUACAAUGCAGAUGUUCCCAAGAUACCGUUGUCGCUAUAUUUCAUGGUUUUUUCAUGGUCAUAUUGUGUUGAGACAGUUAUAUCAUUGCUGUCCAAUAGCACGCCACUGGAGGGAUCCGACUAUACAAUCUUUGAAAUAUCGAUAGAGUUCUAUCUACUACAGAGGAAACGUAUAAACAUAAUAGACCAAACGGAGUUUCUUCCAGAUUGUCUAAUGGCCAUAUCUAAUAGAGUCAUGAUCCAUGUAUUAGAGAUGUACAAGAUGCGGAACUAUAGGCUAUUGGGUAGUGCAUCGCUGAAUCUGGUGCAUAUAACGUAUCUGAUGUAUGUGUCGAUAAAGUAUGGAGUUUCGAGCAUACCGAUAUUAACAAGAUUCAGACACUUUCCCAAAGUGUUUUCCUUGUUUAUCGUACUCAUUUCGUUAGUAUCAUACUUACUAGCUUACAUUAUUCGAUUCGAUCCGUUUACGAAUAAGAACAGGAAUCCCGAUGAGUUGCAAUUCUAUUCUUUUAUGAAGAACUGGAGAAAGCACUUGAAUUUCACUGGGGAGGAGGACUUUUCGCCGAUGUUAUCAAAGCUGGCGAUAUUGCUCACCUCUGCUUCCAGCAUUUCCGAGCGAGGAACCAGGUAUGAGUACCCUUCUGUCAAUAUCAAUCAUGAGCUUGACACCCGGUAUAACGAGAAACUACGUGCUAUUCAACAAGUGAGAUUCAAUGAAACACCAAGAAACGGUAGAAGAGAGUCUGUUGUAAGAGCGUUGACCAAACCCAUUCUGGAGGCCAAGCAGAACAUACCGUUCCUAUCCAACAUGCUGGACAGUUUCAAGCUGGUGUUAGUACACCUCUGUGAGAUACUCCGAGGCAAUGAAGAGGCCGAGUAUAUAGACACGGAUGACAGUGACGCCGAUAAGGAAGUGUCAGAGACACCCACAAGGCGGUUCUCUCUCAGCAAAGACACCAGUUGGUACGACGACUCCUACUCAGAAGACGAGGACUACCAGGACUCCGAUGCCACAGAGCUCUCUCUUGAAGAAGACCUCGCAGAUGACGAUAUCCUAGAACUCAGAGACGACAUGUCCACAUUAUUGCAAGAUGAACUCGACCCGCUAAUGUUGCAGGACCACCUGCUGCACUCACGACUCACGCGCUCUGGGCUGCACAAGAGACACCAGGAACCAUCGCUUGGCCAGGUAUCUGACAACCGCGAAGACACCCGUGACUACUCGUGUGUAGUUUGUAAGACCAACGACCGCAAUGUAAUCAUGUGGCCAUGCAGCUGUUUUGCCGUUUGUGACGACUGUAGAGUAUCUCUAUCAGUGCGCGGAUUUAAUACGUGCGUGUGCUGUCGUGCGCCAGUGAGUGGCCACAGCAAGACGCACGCCACUUGA